CAUACCCGCACCUUGCUGGAGGGUGCAAGGCCCCAGCCCGCGGUGCACCGGCGCCUGCGGGGAUUAAGGGGAGGUGGCGGCACGGGUAGGUCUGGACGCGGACCGAGCUCUUGGCUCAGCCACAGGGCAGCAGCCAUGAGCCUGGUGGCCUGUGAGUGUCCACCUGGCUCUGGACUUGAGCCUGAGCCUUGCUCACGAGCACGGUCCCAGGCCCGCAUGUACCUGGAGCAGAUUCGCAACCGGGUGGCUCCAGGGGCACCUGACAUGACCAAGCAGGACUACCUGGUGGAUGCAGCCACGCAGAUCCACCUGGCCCUGGAGCGCGAUGUCAGUGAGGACUAUGAGGCAGCCUUCAACCACUACCAGAAUGGUGUGGACGUUUUGCUGCGAGGCAUGCACGUCGACCCCAACAAGGAGCGCUGUGAGGCAGUAAAGCUGAAAAUUGCCAAGUAUCUGCGGCGGGCAGAGGAGAUCUUCAAUUGCCACCUGCAAAGGACGCCGGGCAGCGGAGGCAGCCCUGCUGUGGGUUUUAGCAGCCUGAGGCUCCGGCCCAUCCGCACACUGAGCUCUGCCCUGGAACAGCUGAGGGGCUGCAGAGUGGUUGGGGUCAUCGGGAAGAGCCUGUCCAGGUCCCAUGCAGUGAGCCGGGAGCGGCAGACCAUCAUCCCACGUGGUGUCCCCUACAUGACCAAGCUGCUGCGCUACUUCGUGAGUGAGGACUCCAUCUUCCUGCACCUGGAGCACGUGCAAGGAGGCACUCUCUGGUCCCACCUGCUCUCCCAGGCGCACCCUCCACAGUCUGGGCCCAGGUCUGGCUCCAGCCUGGAGAGGAUGAAGGCUCCGCUCAACGAAUCUGUCAGCCUCCGGCCCCCAGCGCUGCUCCCCUGGAGCCAUACCCGCCUGCAGGACAGAAUCCCCCUAAAGCCCCCCUGGACUUCUCAGAGCUUUCCCCCUAACAGGGGGGCCCCACACAUCAGUCCCCAGAGAGAGGCUGGAGGUGAACCCCCAGCCAGGACCCACACUUCCUACCCCUCAGAACUUCCAAAGGCCCCAAGUGGCCCCCAGCACCUCCAAGCCAGGCAGGGACCUGGCCAGAGAUCGGACAUGGGGCCCUCCUGGGGGCUCCCUUGGGUUCAAGAGGGAGCUGCCCGGGUGCUGGGGGGCUAUGGCCAUGGCAGAGGUCAGAGCCACCCCUCGAUGGAUGGCGGGAGCCUGGGGCUCAGCGGGGGUGCCUGGAAUGUGCGGGAAGAGCAGGUGAAGCAGUGGGCAGCAGAGACGCUGGUGGCCCUAGAGGCGCUGCAUGAGCAGGGGGUGCUGUGCCGGGACCUCAACCCCAGGAACCUGCUCCUGGACCAGGCAGGUCACAUCCGGCUCACGUAUUUUGGCCAGUGGUCAGAGGUGGAGCCCCAGUGCUGCGGAGAGGCUUUGGACAACCUCUAUAGCGCCCCAGGCAAGAAGGGGGAAGGUCCCAGGACCCUAAAUCUCAGGGGUGCCCUUAGGUGGGUUGAGGAUGAUGGGGAAAGUGCCAAGUCUGGGUGAGAUAAGUAGAACUGAGACCUGCCCCCUUGGGUAAGGCCGUGACCUGUAUGUUCUUGUUCCCAGAGGUAGGUGGGAUUUCUGAGCUGACGGAAGCCUGUGAUUGGUGGAGCUUUGGGUCUCUGCUGUAUGAAUUGCUGACCGGAAUGAGGCCCCUCCCUGUGUCUUCCCAGGCACUGUCCCAGAGCCACCCUUCAGGAAUCCAGGCCCACACCCGGCUGCAGCUGCCCAAGUGGCUCAGUCGCCCAGCAGCCUCCCUGCUGACUGAGCUGCUGCAGUUUGAUCCCACCCUGCGCCUGGGUGCUGGAGGAGGUGGUGUCAACAAGCUCAAGUCCCACCCCUUUUUCAGUACCACCCAGUGGAGCAAACUGGUGGGGUAAGGGCGGGUGGAGCAGGCAACAGAAGCAGCUGGACUGGUCUGGAUCUCCCCUCUUCCUGCCUGCCGCCCUGAGCUGGCCCUUCUACUCAGUGACCCUCAGGCAAAGAAUGCAGGGCAGCAGCCUUUCCUGGUCAGCCCCCUCCCUUGGGCCUCAGAAGUAACUGCCACUGCCCAGGAAGGGCCUAGGGAAUGCCCAACCAGCUCUUGGAGAAACCCACUGUGGUCACUGCUGAGGGGGAGGGUUGGGCAGGGAGAUCUCCCCCUGCUCAGUGGCUUGGAGCCCUCCACCCAUCACUCAGCAGGUAUCUGUUGUGCACACCCUGUACCUUGAAUGCAGACCUGUGUUAAAGGGUGCCUCUGCCUCCUUAGCGCUGGACUACUGACCAUCUGCUUAGCUGACCAGGUUUUGUGACUCAUUAUGUGUCCCACUUGGGACAUCUCUGGAGUCUCUUCUCAGGAUAUCAGUCCACUGGCUCAGUGGACCCAAACCAGGGCUCUCUGGCUGGUCAUCACAGCCAUGCUAAGUGGGCCUCUUCUACCAGGCUACACCUGCUGGGGUGAGCAGGCCAGGGAAGCAGGAAGGACAUCUGUAGUGGGCAUUGGGUGAAAUGGGGGACAGGGUGAUCCACUCCCCCCUCCUUACCAUGCCCCCUAUCUUGUGAUUUUAGACUUUGGAGCAAGAGGGAGGGGAACACAGUAAGGAUAAGGAGGAAUGGGAAGAGGGGGGAAUGCACAGCUUGCCGCUUAAAGCAGUUUUGAAAACAGAGUAAGGAGAUCUUUUGCGCAGGUAGUCCACCGGCGUGGACUGCAGGGAGCCUGCCCCGAUGGGUCUGAGAAACCAUGAAUCAGCCUUCAGGGUGAAGCUGUUAAGAUAAGUUGUGCCCAUUAGGGUUCCCUUCUCAGGCAUUUUCCAUUUACCAUUUUGCAUUUUAGUCUUAGGCUCCACUCAAUUCAUAGUGCACUGUGACCCCAUCCCCUUUUAAAAUGAGAAAUCACAAGACACACUGAGUGCCGAAGUUUCUAGCUAGAAGCAAGAUAUUUCCGGUUUCUUUAGAGCCUGGGGUAGUUACCCCCAAAGACGGUCCCUUCCCCAGGUUUGGAGGCUCGCCCAUUCCACUCAGGACUCACACUGUCACUGGGGUGGGGCACCUAAGACAGAAACUUCCAGCAGACCUCUGGUCCCAACUCCUUCCAGCGUGUCCCUGACACCACCAGGUGGCGCCUCGGACACUGUUCUCCAGUCUGUGAAGGCCUAACUUGGGGCAUGCUCCUGGGCUGUGGGGAGGCCAGGAGGACUCGGUCAGCAAGGACAUGGGAACGCACACAGCCUAUGUGGCUUUCCCUGGGGCUUGCCUAUAGAACCCUCCACCUCCCAAUAAAGCCUGCUGUUGCCUAUGGUGUCCUUGCCUCAUUAGUACAGUGAGAACAGCCCUGCUGGAACCAGGAAAUUGGGAGGCUCUCACAGAGAAGCUCCAGGAUAGCCAAGAAUGAGCUUGGAGUCUGCUAGCAAGUAGGAAGCAGAGCUGGUAGUAUAUGGCAUGUCAGCCUCUGCCCUGCAGAGCAGCUUUGCACCUGAAGGGAAAUGCUGGCACGUAGUGCCUACUGGGAUCUGUGGGAAAUAAAAUAGGGAUGAGAAGUCUUGGGAGAGGGUGACAGGCUUGGGCGGGGAAUACUGGUUUAAUACUCACAGUGACCCCAUGAGAUGGAUGGUGGUUCCUGUUCAGAGGUUAAUGAUAGAACCUGGUCAAAGCCUGGCGGAGUCAGUUCAGAAGUCUGUGUCCCUUUUGCUACACUAAGUCAGGCUGGAUCACUUCCAACCACUGCUGCACAAAGCACAAGUUGCUUCUGGAACUUCUGGGCCUCAUCCAUAUAGCGAACACUGAACACCUAGGACAGGUUCUGAGGUGGCUAGGCCUUGAGUUUUGAAUACUGUGGUCCUUACAGGGCUUAUAGUCUACCACCUUCAAAUAAAAUAGGGCUAAUCACACCUCCUUUGUAGGUUUACUAGAACAAUUAAAGCUUCUAGCACCAUGCCCCAGACCUGGCAAUUCUAAAAUUCUUCCUUUCACUGAAUGCUUUUUUUUCCUAUGUAGAGACAGAACCACAGUUACUGUGACAGUCCUUCAUACAGAGAUUGUAUCACUGCAAGCAAGAGAUUGUAUUACCUGCAGGCAGCCCAGCAGGUCUCAUCUGAUGAGAUCUUCAGUCACGAGAGCAUGCUAAGCACCUCCAGGUAUCCAGGCUUCUGCCACUGUAGGCCACCGUGAUUCUCAGGGGCUCUCCUCCAGAACAGAGAGAAGCACCAGCAUCCUGAGCACCCCUCACCGGCGAGCCCUGCCUGCCCCGUCUCUCCUCUCUGACCUGCCCAGCAGCUGAUAUACACGCUGCUUUCCACUUUACCUUCUCUCCCAAUUCAU